UCAAGAAAAUGAAGUAAUUGAUUGCGGAAGCAUUUAGUAUUUUAUUAUUACAAAACCUGAUUUUUCUUUUAUUACAAGAUCAAAAGUGAAAUAUUAAUAAAGAGAUAAAAUCCUCAUAUCAAGAAUAAGCCAUGUUGCCCGAAAACAGUACAAUAAAAACCGAUCAUCCCGAUCACAUACAAACAGACCAAAACCACAUCAUGUCAGACACGCAUUUAAUAAAUAUGAAUUCAAAACUAACAGAUAAUUCUAUGACAGAAUUCUGUGAUAAAAUGAACUUACGGAUCGUCCGAGAAUUAUCGCUUUGUACCAAUCAUCUCACCUGCAUUCCGAAUAAUUUCUCUCAGCACUUGAGUCAUUUACAAAGAUUGGACAUCUCUAAUAACAAUCUCAAAGAAUUACCAAGUUCUUUCAAUCUUUUAAUGAAAUUAGAACACCUGAAACUCGACCACAACGAAUUUCAAACACUGCCGAAAGUUCUUGCGGAAAUUCGAAGUCUAAAGACCCUAAGUAUAUCGCACAAUAAACUCGAGGAACAUUCGGAAGACCUAGGAAGCCUAAUUAAUUUGGAAAGCCUAGAUUUGAGUUCCAACAAUUUAUCCUCACUUCCCUACUCUUUCGUGAGACUAAAUCGUCUUCGGGAACUCAAUCUCGCUGAAAACAAAUUCAAUAUAAUUCCAGAAUGCAUAAUAAAUGGAAUGCGAAAUUUGGAAUUUCUUGAUCUGUCGCUCAACAAGAAGAUCAAACUCAACGUUCCACCUUGCAGUCGAAUUUUGAGGAAAUUUGAUGCAAUGAACAAUGGAGUCUGUCGGAGAUUUCCUAGAUGGUUAUUAACAUCUAAAUUCUCGGCUCUUCAAGAAGUCAACUUGAAUGGAACGGAGUUUACAAAGUUUAAAUUUCCGGACGAAAAUUCACUCUUGAAUCUCAGGAGUCUCUCGAUGACCCAGUCAACAGUUUCUGACCAGAUUUUAGAAAAAUUGACGAGGAAUAUGAUUAGGCUCGAAAAACUGAAUGUUGGUAAUGAAAAUCCGGAGAAAGAGGGGAAUAUUUUGUGUAACCUGCCGGUCCAGCAAUUGAAGAAUCCUCAUCUUUUGCGAGAAAUUUAUAUUCCGGGAGUUGGUCUUCCAAUGAUGGGUCGAUCAGUCGCGGAUUUGAGGAAUAUUACAAUCAUGGACAUCGGCCGAAACAGGAUUGGUUGGCUGCCUGACGAAUUUUGCCUACUACAGAAAUUAGAAAUUUUGAUUAUGGACAACAAUGGGCUCUCGAUACUUCCAGACAAUUUUGGAAAUUUGGUGGCACUUAAAGAAUUGAUUGCGAACUCUAAUCGUCUUUCAAAUUUACCAGACUCUAUGGGCAGUUUGAAGAAACUUUGUUUUCUGGAUUUAUACGAAAAUGAUUUUACCGAAAUGCCCGUGGAUUUAGACAAUUUAGAAAAUUUGGAAGGUCUCGAUAUGGAAUAUAAUUUCUUCUCUACUGAAAGUUUAAUGGUCAGAGGCAUAUCGUACGAAGUUAUGCGAAAAUCAAUCCAGGAAAGGUAUGAGAGCUAUUCCCAAAGAACUGUUGGGACGAAAGUUCGACCAGAAGAAAACGAUUAUGCGAAUUCUGUUUGUUCUACUUCGAGCCUGAAGUCGGAAUUCUAUCGUGAAAUUGACAAGGAUAGCCCAGACGCGAUCUACCUGGCCGAUGAUAGUAAUUUAGAAGAAAAUUGGGAAUUAUCGGAAGACUCGACUGAAGAUUACGAACCAAAUUGUAUUACUGCACAAAAGUACCGUUAUACCACUUCGAUGGUACCAACCAAGUUUAGUGAGCAUUUUUUCUGCCCUGCCGAUCUUCACGUUAUGCCUAUUCAAGAACAGGUUUUGUACAUGCGAGAUGAUGCAAUAUCGAUGCCUAAUUUCGAAGAAGGUCAAUUUGAUGACGCUUGAAGAUUAGCUUAUGUCAAUUAAAUUUUAUUAGUUUUUAUAAAUUGUCUAUAAAAUAUGUAAUAUUUAUCCGAUUUAUACCUUAUCAACAUUUUUCCGCAAAAGUUACAUCCACACGAAUUGAGAUUUCGAGUUGAAAAUAUAGGAAAUUGAUUAGAAGGUAUUAAAAAACAUAUUUUUGGUAAUAAAUUUUUGGAAAUACUAUAAAAAAUUUCUAAAAGUUUUUUAACAUUAUUUUUCUUGUGAAGUUUCGGAAAUUGAAGACCAGAAAGUGGUUCCUUAAUGUUUUUUAUUUAAUUUCAUAAAUUUUUAACUCGAAAUCCUAAUUUCUGUGGACGUGAAUUGUUUUUGAAAAAAUAUAAGGAAGAUAGGAAUCUGGUAGGUAUUAUUUAAAAGAAAAUCCAACAUUAUAGAGUGGUCAAAAAAUGUAUUGGAUUUUUUUUCUCAAAUUUUCAUGCAUAUCCCCACAAUUUUUU